AUGUCAGAAUUGUAUCCGACCAUCGCGCAGUGCGCCGUCGUGGCCACAGCCUUGAAAGUUCUUUUAUUUCCUGCAUACAAAUCCACAGACUUUGAGGUUCAUCGGAAUUGGCUGGCACUAACCCAUUCUCUGCCUGUCAAAGAAUGGUACUAUGAAAAAACUUCGGAAUGGACUCUAGACUAUCCGCCUUUCUUUGCCUAUUUUGAGUGGCUUCUCUCUCACGCCGCAGCUUUGGUUGACUCGCGUCUUCUCAAUGUCAAGUCUCUGAACUAUGCCAGUUGGCAGACAGUGUAUUUCCAGCGCUCUACUGUCAUCCUAAGUGAGCUGGUUCUGGUAUACGCCUUGCAUCUUUAUGUGAAAACAUCCAAGUCCAAGACGACAGCACAUGCUGUCGCUCUAUCGGUUCUCCUUUCUCCGGGCCUGCUGUUGAUCGAUCAUAUCCAUUUCCAGUACAAUGGAUUCCUGUUCGGAUUCCUCGUUCUCUCCUUGGUGCUUGCCCGUAGCAACUCCACUGUGCUCCUAAGUGGCCUUCUUUUUGCGGUCCUGCUCUGCUUCAAGCACAUUUACCUCUAUCUGGCACCGGCUUAUUUCGUGUACCUGUUACGGGAGUACUGCUUGAGCUCUCGUUCGGCGUUCCCAUACCUUAGCAUCAAGCUUCUUAACUGCAUCAAACUGGGCCUAGGCGUAGCAUCGGUCUUUACAGUUGCUUUCGGACCCUUCGUGCUCUGGGGUCAGCUAGAACAGGUUCUUCGUCGCCUGUUUCCAUUCUCCAGGGGCCUCUGCCAUGCUUACUGGGCACCAAAUGUCUGGGCGUUAUAUUCUUUCGCGGACCGAGUCUUGAUCUACUUGGCGCCACACCUCGGUCUAACGGUCGACAGUGAGGCGAUCAAUAGCGUCACCCGAGGCCUUGUGGGUGACACGUCCUUUGCCGUGCUUCCUGAUGUGCCUCCGCUGGCUUGCUUCGUCUUGACACUUGUAGCGCAAAUACCCUUUCUGUUGCGCCUAUUUAUCAGGCCGACCUGGGAGAGUUUCGUAGGCGCCGUAACCCUCUGUGGUUAUGCCUCGUUUCUCUUCGGCUGGCAUGUGCAUGAGAAGGCGAUCUUGAUUGUCAUCAUACCCUUCAGCCUUAUUGCCCUGAGAGAUCGCCGGUAUCUGGGUGCUUUCAGACCCUUGGCAGUGGCCGGCCAUGUGUCGCUUUUUCCUCUUCUAUUCACGGCUGCGGAAUUUCCUGUGAAGACAGUCUACACCAUCUUCUGGCUUGUGCUAUUUCUCAUGGUCUUUGAUCGACUAGCUCCAGCGUCACCGCAUCCCAGGGUAUGGCUUCUCGAUCGUUUCUCGCUGAUUUACAUUACUCUUUCGAUCCCUUUGAUCGCAUACUGCUCGCUGAUCCACCGCCUGAUCUUUGGGAAACCAGUCAAAUUCGAGCCGCUCCCCCCGUUCCUCGAUGACAACACCGAAGUUUAUGUCAUAAAGGAAUCAGGAGAGGUCUUCACCGAUUAUGAGAAAUAUCUCUCAAGGCGUGAUUUUUAUAUGCAGGCAAGUCCACGAGCAUACCGCACGUUUUGCGCCAAGAACUUCACAUGCGAAUCGACUGGGCAUCAAGGGUACACAUUUUUCGAGGCGGUGGAGAGCGAGGUAUCAUUCGCGUUAAGAACAUACCGUACUCUGAGCCUAACCUCUCCGCAGAGGGAAACUUCGAAAGAGAUAGACAGCAUAUUCCCAGAAGCACUCCGCGCUCGCGUACUGCAAUUCGUUCAGUUCAGAAACACUCCCCGGAUGGAUGAUUUGGGUAUAACUGACUCUUCGCAGCACUUUCGAGAACAUUUUAUAAUCGGGGACCACGUCAUUGUCGAACAUGAUGGAGGCCGUCGCUCUGGGGUCAUUGACCAGAUUGCCGACAGUGCCACCCUCCAAAGCGUCUUUCCGGGCACCUCCACCGAGGAGCAGUUUCGAUCCUUGACGUACUCAGUGAAGUUGGAUGGCUCUGAUGAGAAAGUCACAAGGUAUAAAGCGGUAGAACUGCAGCGCGAUCGGAGGUCCUACUCUAAACUCGUCUUGAAACAGUUUCUGCGAUGUGCCGUGUCUCGGGAACCUUGGUACGGAGCUCCGUGGAUUGUCAAAGAGCAUUUGGCGAAGCGAUACAAUAUCACCACUACGGUCCCGGAAGCUAAGACCCGAGAUGCUGUCAUCGCCGCAAAGAAGGCAGUGAAUGCGUCAAAUUCAACCAGCAGCGCGCUCAAUGGACAUUCAAACAACUCGCCGAUGGGCCCUAUUAAUGGCCCCACAACUAUGGUCAAUGGCCAAGGACCCCAAGCACCGUUGCGGCAUACCGCUUUUGUCAACUACUCGGCGAAUGCCCAACCUCCCCCCCGUCCUGACCAAGCAAGAGGACCCGUACACGCUUUUCCGGAUCCUUCCAGACCGCAGCACCUGGCCCAUCCUUUCUUCAGCGCCGGUCCCGCAGCAAUGUCAUAUCUCCCACAUCCGUUCCCGCAACACCAGCAACUUCCGCCACAUCUAGCUCAUAUAGCCCAGCAUUUGCCACCAGCUGGCUCAGGAUUGCCAAUCAGCUUGCCUUUUCAGCAUAAUUUUAUGCAAUAUCAGACCCUACCCCCUAGCGCACCACUACCGCAACGGCCGCCGCCGACUUUGGCCAAACCAUUCGAGCCGAUCAAAUACCCGAUCGAGGAUUUGAGAAUUAAACAACCGCGUGUAGACGUCCAGCGGCCGCGGUUGAAAUUCUUCUCCGACGAUGUCCCUAAGGGUGCUGAACCGCCUGUGAAGAAAACAGGAAUCUUGAUGAAGAGCAUGGGUUCCCUUCUCUGCAUUUGGGAGACACUCAACGUGCAUGACUCCAUCUACUAUCUUGACUCCUUCACCUUCGAUGACUUUGUGGAUGCAAUACGCUUUUCAUCCGAGGAGGUGGACUGUGAACUCCUUAAUGAGGUCCACUGCGCGGUUCUUUCACAGAUUGUUAACAAAUCAGGAAAUCUACAGGUAUCCCUCCCUCGGAUAGAUGAGUCUGAUGAUUCGGAAGAGGCUUCAAGUGAGUCGGCGAGCCCGGAGCCCGAACCAGAGCCACCGGUGCGAACGACGCGGAGUAGUUUAAGGAAAUCGGAGGCAAAUGCUCUCUCCAAACAACGGACUCCUACUCCUGAACCUCCAAAGCAGGUUCAUAAAGCUGCGGAAUUCCUCGCGGAGUUUAACUGGAUCGAAGCAUGUAAAACACGGAACUUUAGAGACGGUGGCUGGCAGUCAAUCCUCGUUGGACUUCUUCACCAGCUCUCCUUCAGCCCCGUCAAGAAGGCGGCAUGCGACGAAGUACUCGCGGUGCUGGUUCCUGUCGAUGAGGACCCAUCUGCGGAGAACAUCGCUCAUAACUACAUCCACAUGGACGUCAACCUUCGCAUCCAAGCUCUAGAUAUGGCAUUGCAGUUGACUGUUUUCACGGAAGCCUUUCGAGAGUCGCUUGUUCAAGCCUCAACAGACAUGACCCGUAUGCGCAAGGACAAGAUUGAUUUCCAAAGGAAGCGCAAAGAACUUGCCGACGAGUUGUUCAAGCUGGAUAACGAACGCAAGAUCCAGUUGCCUGCAAACAUGCCGCCAUCUCCUACUGACGUGAAGGCCGCCGCUGAUGUCUCCAUGACCGCCACCGAUGACGGCAAAGAAGAUGAAGAGGUGGCCGCCCAAUCUGGGGAGGAGCCUGUGACAGGAAACCGCAAGCUACGUCACACAAAAGUAAACAAGCGUAAGCGGGAGUCAGAGGCGGCUAAGAAAGAGAAGGCCAAGAAAGCUAAGAUGGAAGCGGCGAAGACCAAGCAACAGAAGGAAUGGGAAGCACUUCUGAACGCGAUCGAGAAAAAGAAGGAAGAGCUCAAGGAAUGCGAGGCAAGCAUCAAUGAACUGGACGACGACCUUCGAGAGGCAUUGGUCCAACGUAGCAAAUGGAUGGGCAAGGACCGUUUCUUGAAUAAAUACUACUGGUUCGAGCACAAUGGAAUGCCUUUCGGGGGCGUUCCAGGCAGCUCAACUGCUGACUACGGAUAUGCGAAUGGUCGUCUAUGGGUACAAGGACCCGACCAGUACGAGUUGGGACCCAACAUGGAGGAGCCGGCCUUGACGGAGGACCAACAGGAAUUUGGCUUCACAAUCCCGCAGCGCAAAGAGAAGGAAGAAGGCGAGACUCACUUGAAUUCUUCGACGGAAUGGGGCUAUUACGAUGAUCCGGAGGACCUUGACAAGCUUAUAGGCUGGCUCGACGAGAAGGGAAUACGAGAGAAGGCGCUUCGCAAGGAACUGACCCUUUUCCGCGAUCGAAUUGCUGAAUAUAUGGUCAGGAUGAAGGAGCACCUUUCCAAUGAGCAGAAGGCUAAGAACGAAGACGACGAACAUGCCACACGCGUCUCUACCCGCAAUAAGACAUAUGUGGACAAGGAUUCCUACAAGGACCGCUGCCUCCGGUGGACCAACUCUAUCCGACGGAAGAUGCACGGCUGCAGCUACAUGGAGCAAUACAAGCCACCACGGAAAGCAAAUCGGGGCACGGCCACCAAAGCGACUAAAGCUAAGGGACGCAAAUAG